CAACCAUUUGGUGAGUAAAGCCAUAACUAGAAUUCCCUAGAAGCAUUUUUUUCCUUCUCUACAAUACUAUACAUUCAAUGUUCAUAGCAUUUUGCCACUAAAUUAUAUCUCCAAACCUCAAUAUUUUUAUUUUUAUUUUCAUUUAGCUUAAGAUUGAUAAUAUCAAACACAUUAUUCACUAAUGAAGCUUGUUAUAUCAUCUUUUUGUGUUCUUGUAUUAGUCUCUUAUGCAGUUGCUUAUGAUCCUUUGGAUCCAAAUGGAAAUAUAACAAUCAAAUGGGAUGUUAUGUCUUGGACACCAGAUGGUUAUGUGGCGACGGUAACAAUCCACAAUUUCCAAAUGUUUCGACACAUAAUGAAUCCGGGAUGGACCUUAGGAUGGACAUGGGCUAAGAAAGAAGUUAUAUGGUCAGUGACAGGAGCUCAAACCACAGAGCAAGGAGAUUGUUCAAAGUUCAAAGGCAAUAUACCUCAUUGCUGCAAGAAAAUCCCUACAGUUGUAGACCUUCUCCCUGGUGUACCUUACAAUCAACAGUUCUCAAACUGUUGUAAAGGCGGAGUCGUUGCAGCAUGGGGACAAGAUCCUGCAGAAGCUAUAUCAGCUUUUCAAGUUAGUGUUGGACAAGCAGGUACCUCAAACCGAACGGUUAAACUUCCGAAGAAUUUCACUCUUUUGGCUCCUGGACCUGGUUACACUUGUGGCCCUGCAAAGGUUGUUCCUUCCACCAAUUUCCUUACACCUGAUAGGCGCCGAAAGACACAAGCAUUGAUGACAUGGAAUGUUACCUGCACAUACUCACAGUUUCUAGCAAGAAAGAAUCCAAGUUGCUGUGUAUCUUUAUCAUCCUUCUACAAUGAAACUAUUACACCUUGUCCCCAUUGUGCAUGUGGCUGCCAAAACAAGAAAAACUGCGUAAAGAGUGAAUCUAAGAUUCUGAGCAUGGUGGGAGUUCAUACUCCAAAGAAAGACAAUGAACCAUUGAUGCAAUGCACUCAUCACAUGUGCCCAAUUAGGGUUCACUGGCAUGUGAAGACAAACUAUAAGGACUAUUGGCGAGUCAAAAUCGCAGUAACAAAUUUCAAUUACAGGAUGAAUUACUCUCUCUGGAGUCUUGCAAUUCAACAUCCAAAUCUUAACAAUGUCACACAAGUUUUCAGCUUCAACUACAAGCCACUUGUUCCCUAUGCAUCCAUAAAUGACACUGGCAUGUUCUAUGGAAUGAAAUACUUCAAUGAUCUACUAAUGGAAGCUGGACCAAAAGGAAAUAUUCAAUCAGAGGUAUUGCUUCAGAAAAACAAAGAUACCUUCACAUUCAAGCAAGGAUGGGCAUUUCCUCACAAGGUUUACUUUAAUGGUGAUGAAUGCAUGCUUCCUCCACCUGAUACAUACCCUUUUCUCCCUAAUUCUGCCCCUGCAAGACUAGUUACCUUUAAGGCACUCAUCCUCUCAUUAUUUUUACUGCUAGCAGUUUGGUGAAUUGAUGCAUAAAGUGUCAGAUAUUUUAAAAAAAGGCAAAUGUUAGUAUUGUGUCAGAAUAGUUUUCUGAACAUUUUGAAGCUAUGUAUAUCUACAUAGAGAUCAUUUGACGAUAGAUAUGAAUACGUGAAUCAUUCUUUGAAAACACGAAGCCAAACUCAAGGUUGUGUUUUUUGAUA